UGCCCCCACCUCCCCGUCGCCGUAAACCCUAGCCCCGCGCCCGUGCUCCCCUCCUCCUCCGCGUCGCCGUCUCCCGCGCUCCCCCGCCUCUUCUCCUCCUCCGCGGGCGGGUCAAGUAUGGUCGUGGUGGCCUCCGCGGACUCCUUCGCCACCAUCCUGUCCAAAGUCAGAGAUGAUAAGCAGUCGGCUGUGUUCUACUACACGGCGGUGUGGUGCGGACCCUGUAGGGCGAUUGCGCCUUUCGUAUCAAAGCUGAGUGACAAGUAUCCGCAGAUACCGGUGUAUAAAGUUGACAUCGACAUGGAAGGCAUUGGAACCAAGCUUGGUGACCUCCGAGUGUACUCAGUUCCUACUUUCCAUUUCUAUCAUAAGGGGGAGAAGACAACUGAAGUGGUGGGUGCUGACACUAAAAAACUUGAAGCAGCUAUGGAGAGUCUGCACAAGGCGCAGUAGAAGUUCCAGAGAAGACGGUGUUGAGCCAGUGCCUAUGAUUCGCGCCUAUGUGGUUUGACUAAUGAGUUUUCGGUCUUCAGCUUUUAGGAAAAAUUGUCCAGAACUCCAGGUGCUUCUCGUGUUUGGAUAGAGUGAAAUGCAAUGUCCUAUGGGCUUUUAUUUAGUAGUGUGAAUUUCCGUGCAUAUGUAACGUGGGCGGAAGCUCGUGGUGUUGGUCGAAUUGGGCUAUACUUGCCCGAACCAUGCAUGGGCUUUUCUUUUCCACGAAAUAUCACGCGUGGGCUCUUGUCACACUGCGAGAGUCCGAGUACAGCUCUUUCGGUUC